AUGACACUUCGCAAAUCUGGUAAAGGUAUUCCUUUAGAAGAAGAAGAUGCAUCGAGAUUAAAAUUCAACGAAGGACUCGAUUCAAUUUCUGAGACGCAAUUUGCUUUGAGCAUUUCUGAAACAAAUGCUCUACUUAAAAAUGUUAGGAAUAGAUCAAACCCUCCAAACGUUUUUAGUAAAACUUUGGAGUAUGUAGAUCAAUUCACCAAAAUGCGAGACGAAGGACAAUUAAAUGAUGCUCGAAG